AUCCGAAUCACAAUGCAAUCACUUGCCCAUCAUAAACCUGAGUCAAUAUGGCGACCGCAGCGGCCAUUGGCGCAAACGCCGGGAUGAUGACUGUGCUGACGAGCAACAUCACAAGCGAGGCCGUCUCCAACGGUGUAUGGCUCGAGGUCCUUCAGCAUCACUUCCCCCCGAACAGAUUCACCAUCGCCCCAGAGCAGAACAACCAGGCCGGCCGUGCCGACCUGACGGUCUUCUUCAUGUACAACGACAACAACGGCAAUCUCUGCUGGGACCCCAUCUUCACCCUCGAGGGCAAAACGCCCGGCGUACACAUUACCCAGGCGCAUAUCAUCCAGGCCAGCGGCUACGUCCGGACUCUGAGCUCCGCUAACUUGCUCAAUGGCAGAAAGUUCGGGAUGCUGGUUGCCGGGCAGGAGGUGGUCUUGUUAGUCAAUAAUGGGGGCGUUCAAUCGACGCAGUGGGAUCGGGCGGAUACCAACAUUAAUCAGUACAAUCCAGGGACGCCAUUCAACGUGUGGGGAAUUCAGGGCCAAGGAAACAUGGUCGAUGGCUUCUUAGCUGACUUUGCUCAAAAAUUCUAAUAACUUAAAACUAAGAUUCAAAAAAAUUCGGAUUCCAG